AUGGAAUCAAAAGCCAGCGAGAAAAUCGAUGAUCCACAGCACCGAAUUGAAUACAUGCCGAUUGAAGAUGUUGAGAAGUUGGAACGGUAUCGUCCAGGAGGAUACCAUCCGAUAACUAUCGGAGAGCAGCUGGGUGGUAGAUAUUCUAUCGUCCAUAAGCUUGGUUUCGGUUCAUACUCCACAGUUUGGCUGGCAAGAAACAAGGAAUCUGGAAAAUACGUCGCCAUAAAGAUACCGGUCUCAACACUUGAUUCUACUGCGACGCGAGAAACCGAUAUCCUGCGCCGGCUAAAUGGCACCAGGUUGGAAGGAAAGGCUCUCCCCGGCGCAGCAUUCAUCCCAUCAAUACUAGAAGGCUUUUCUCUUUCUGGGCCUAAUGGCGUACACCAUUGUUAUGUCACUGAACCCGGCAUGAUGAGUCUAGCAGAAGCCAAAGAUGCCUCCUCUAUUCGCCUUUUUCAGCUGCCUGUAGCUAGGGCUAUGGCUGCCCAACUUGUCCAGGCAGUGACAUUCCUACAUUCUCUAGGUAUUGUUCACGGUGGUAAGCUAUCCUCUCCUGGUGUUCCAAUCUCUCUCUCUUCCUUUUCGGUGCCGGAUCUAAUGCGAUGGAUCACUGCAGACUUGCAUGAUGGAAACGUCUUAGUUCGUCUACCUGGAAGUAUGGAUUCUCUCUCACCGGAACAGCUUUACGAAAAAUAUGGAUUCCCUCAAUACGAGCCGGUUGUGCGUCUAGAUCAGUGUCGACUUCCCGUGGGGGUCCCUGAAAAUGUCGUUGUACCCAUCUGGCUAGGGAAGGAAAGCGAGCUUGUUAGCUUACCAGAAGCUCAAAUUAUCCUUACUGACUUCGGCGAGUCUUUCAUGCCAGCUACUAUAGCGCGGCCUUACUCCAAUGCACCAGAAGUUUUGACUCCCCCUGAGGUUUACUUCGAACAGCCAAAGUCCCUUUCUUUUCCUGCCGAUAUCUGGACACUUGCGUGUACGAUCUGGGCCAUUAUAGCUCAACGCCCGCUUUUCGAGGGAUACAAUCCGUCAUCCGACUGGGUAAUAAAAGAACAAGUCGACUGCCUUGGAAAGCUACCAGGGCCGUGGUGGCUGAAGUGGGAUGCACGUGCAAAAUGGUUCAACGAGAAUGGGGAAAGGAAAAUUGAGUCGCAUUCCCGGCCGUUGGAGCAGCGAUUUAAUGAUUCGGUGCGGCAGCCAAGGCAGGAGUUCAGGAUGGAGGAGGUGGAUGAGAUUGAGAAGGUUGCUUUGCUCAGUAUGUUGAAGGCUAUGCUUGCGUUUAACCCUGAGGAAAGACCAACUGCGCAGGAAGUUUUGAACUGCGAAUGGAUGCAGAAGUGGGCUCUUCCUGAGUUUUGCCAAAUUAACGGCGACUAG